UAUAUUCUGUCCAUAUUUAAAAAAAUUAUGGAAAUAGGAAUUUUAGAUGAAAAAUAAAAAUUUUAAUUAAUAUUUAAUUGACAAUUAAUUUUAAGUAAACUUUUUAUAUGUAUUCUCAAUAUUAACAUUGAAGUAAUUUCUUCAAGAUUUGACAAAUCUUUAUCUUUCAAAUAUUAAAAUGGAGAGUCUUACUCGUUUCGAAAAACCAUAUUCUGAUUAUAAACGAACUGAACGACAAGAAAUGUUAAUAGCAGCCCCAUUGGAUUUAUCAUUUAAAAGAGCAACCACAAUGCAUGAAUUGGCAAAUAAACGUCCACAAUCAGUACGAACGGGUAAAAUCCCAUUGCGAACAUCUGCAGAUCGUUUUGUAACAUGUUCUUUAUGGUUAAGCAAUAAUUUAUUAACUUCAAUGGACGGAUUUGAAAGUCUUGCACAUAAAGUUCUCGAUGAUCCAGAGCAUCUUAGUUGGAUUGAUCUUUCUUUUAAUAAGAUAAAAGAAAUUGGAGAUGAUAUUGUAAAAUUUCCGAAUAUAAAAAUAUUUUAUUUGCAUGGAAACAAUAUUUCGAAUAUUAAUGAUAUUGUUAAAUUGCAAAAGUUACAAACUCUUAGAUCUUUAACAUUACACGGAAAUCCCAUUGAAAAUCUUCCAUAUUAUAGAGGAUAUAUUGUUCAUACUUUACCACAAUUAACAGCAUUAGACUUUUCAGCAGUAUUAUCUACUGAGAGAAAAAAGGCAGCACCUGCUGGGUUUUAUAAAGUAAUAUAUGGCAAUACAUGAAUAUAAAAUUUUAUUUUCAAGUUUUGUAUUAAAUACACGCUUUCUUUUAAGUAUCA